AAUUAGAGUAAUUAUUGUAUAAUUAAUUAUAAUUAAUCAACAACUUUAAUAAUUUAUAAAGUAAAAAGAUUAAGAAAUAAUAAAAGAUUUAAAAUUAAAAGAAUUAUAAAAUAUAAUAAAGAUAUUGAAUAAAAUAGAUAAUAAAAAACUAUAAAAAUUAAAGAUAAAUAAAUUAUAAUACUUAUACAAAAAAAUAAUAACUAUAAAAUGGGGAAACUGGUGGAAGAAUACUCAUCAUCAGACUCAGAAUUAGAAUGGGAAGAAGAUAAAUGGAGCGAUAUCUCAGAAGAAAAAAGGGAUAUAGAAACUGAGAAAAUAUCACAAGAUCUGUAUAACCUUCUAACUCAGGACAUGACAGGCAAAAGAAUCUAAUUGGAGGAAGACUAUAAGAUAACCAGGAAAGCCUAGGAAGAAAAACAAGAAGGUAUGGUCACACAGCUAUAAGAAUCUCUAUUAAGAUUGGAAAUAACUCUAAAGCCAGUGUAUGAAUUGAGCAAUGAAGAAACUAAGAUGAAACUGGAUAGCUUCAUUCUGUCUGCAAAAAGAAUUUAUGAAAAAGAAAAAGAAAAUGAAAUGUAAAAAAAUUCAGAGAAAGAAAGAGAAAAAUAAAUUUUAAAUUAAAUGAAAUAAGCAAAAUAAUAAUAAAAGAAAACUCUAAAAAAAGAAGCAAAUUAAAUAAAUAUAAUUUUAUUUAAAAUUAUUGCAUAAAAUUAUUUAGGAAUCAGUAAAUCAGUAGGAGUGAGAUACUUUGGAAAAGCUGCACUUUAAAAUCAAAAAGCUGAAGAACAAGAAGGUACAAAGAAACAAUAAAAUUGA